ACCCUUACCAAUAUUUCUUCUUCAUGAGGCACACAAUUUCUAACCCUUAGAGCUCACACAACACAACACAACACCAUGAAUGACAAAGUAGACAAGCUAGUGAUAUUCCUAGCAAAGAGAGAUGGCAUUGAUAAGCUAGUCAAAACCUUCCAAUAUGUCUCAAAACUUCUUGUUUGGCACCUUGAAACCACCAAUCCAAAAGUAGCCCAUCGUGCCAAACAGUGUGAGGUGGCAUCAGGUUUAAGCCGAAAAGCCUUCAGGACUGGACGGUUUCUCACGGGUUUCAACGCCCUAAGGAGAAACCCGGGCCCAACCCCGAGUUACAGGCUGCUUUCGGUCUUUGCCAACGCAGGGGAAAUGGUUUAUUUCUUUUUUGACCAUAUCUUGUGGCUAUCAAGAACCGGCGUUAUUGAUGCAAAUUUGGCCAAAAGAAUGAGUUAUAUAUCAGCUUUCGGGGAAUCACUUGGGUAUGUGUUCUUUUGUGUUAUUGAAUAUAUUAUGAUCAAAGAAGGGAUUGAACGAGAACGAAAAAUAAAAAUGGGAGAAUCAGAGGAAAAGGUUGAUGAAAUUAAGAAGAUCAAGGUUGAUAGAGUGAUGAGAUUAAUGGCUGUGGCUGCUAAUGUGGCUGACUUAAUUAUUGGGCUGGCUGAGAUUGAGCCCAAUCCAUUUUGUAAUCAUGCGGUAUCACUUGGAAUUAGUGGGUUGGUCUCUGCAUGGGCCGGCUGGUAUAGAAAUUGGCCUACUUGAAAGACUUUGAUAAUCAUGUAUUAUAUAUACAUAUCGUUUUAAAAAAAAAUAUUACUUUUGCAUCUUCUUA